AUGAGUCAGGCGCCUUUCGAUAAUCCGAGGGAGGAACUUUUGCGCUGGGAGAGAGAAUUGGAAUCGAAGGAGCACGAGGCAAAGCAGCUUCGGGCAAAGCUUGCUUUCGCACGGCAACAGCAGUCGAUUGCAACGGGCGUCCACAAUCCCGACUUUCUGUCUGCCUCGCAAAGCAAUUUGCAGCUCUCGUCCUCGCCCACAUCUGCUCCACAAGAUGCCAGGCUUUACGCCACACCUCGCCAUGGGGACCUCACGGUCCACACCGGGUCUCAGCCCUCGGUCCAAUAUCAAAACAAUCCGGCACAUCCCAUGAAACGCACCAAGACAACUCAUCCUCAACAGCAGCAAUCGAUGACGAGUCCAACUGCCAGCAUGGUGCGCUCCAAGUCGAGUUCCGCUGCGCAAAACCCCUUUGCCGGUGGUGGCAGGGUGAAGCCCAUUUCACCCCUGCAAGCCCAGCAAGCCCAGCAAGCCUCGAAAAUGGACAUGAUGGACAACUUCCUUCAUGAGCCCGAGCAACAGCAGCCUGCAAAUAACUACGUGUUGGCACACUCGAUGGGCAACCCAAUGUCGUCUCAACCACGCAAGUCUGAAUUGGCGACUGUGAUGGAGGACCCCGCUAGUUGGCUUUUGAGGCAGCAAGGAGGCUUAGAAGCACCUAUGGCCGCCCCUCAACUUAUCCCGACUGACAUGACAUUCUCACCUUAUGGGCAGCCACUGUCCGCCCCAGGUGCUUACCCUUCAUUCCAGCCACAAAGUUUCCCUACGUCCCAGUGUGGGUCUUUGACCUCGGGUCCUACUAUCGAAACCGCCAUGACAAGAUCCAACAGCACCGCCAACCAGUCGGUUUCGGGCCAAAUACAGAUGAUGAGGUUGAAUUCUCAAUCAUCUACGAAUGAUGGGCUGCCAAGUCCCGAAUAUGGCAGCUUUGGGACCGCUGGACAGCAGUUUGCCUCGAACAAACGCCGUGCACCGGAUGAUGACCUUCUGCAAGUUGGCAUGGGGAGCAAUCUUGGCGAUGUUUCUUCUGCACUUGCAGCCUAUUCGGAGAACAUGGGCCGAUCUAUCUCUGUCGACAGCAGGGGGUCCAUGGCAAAUUCAAAUCCUUCCUCACAAAUGUUGGCCAUCCCAAUGCAGAGGUCAAAGACUUGCGACACAUCCGCAUCAGCUCAGUCUCUGAGCAGCCCAGCAUUGGGACAACAGAUGGACGCAGCCGAGCAGUCUGAGCCUAUGAUGCGAUCCAUCUCGGCAAGUAGCGCAAAGUCUACCUUUUCCCAGCGCGUGCGAGCCAAGGAUUCAUUGCAUCGGCAAAUUGCGGCGGCUAAUGUCCUUCUGGCUCCCAAGCCAGCCUCCGACCCUAAUGAGACGGAACCCGAUUCACAAUCGGGCUCAAAAUCUGGAAAGGAUGGAAAAGUUGCCGUCACCAAGGCCAAGUACGAGCGACCCAAGCACCCUAAAGUCAAGUGCCGGCAGUGCGACGAGUAUCCAGACGGUUUCCGUGGUGAGCACGAGCUCCGUCGCCAUACCGAGGCCAAGCACGGAAGUGUUGUCAAGAAGUACGUUUGUGUCGACCCGACUGCCAGGGGGCUCAAGAGCGACUACCAGCCGGUGACUCCCCUCGACAAGUGCAAGCACUGCAGAGGUGGGAAGCAGUAUGGAGCCUAUUACAAUGCUGCUGCUCAUCUUAGACGUGCCCAUUUCUGCAAAAAGCCCCCCAGGGUCAAGGGAGGUGCGAAGAAUGGGAACGACACCGAGGCUGCCGAAAAGCGAGGCGGGAAAGGGGGUGGUGACUGGCCACCUAUGAAAGACCUCAAAGUCUGGAUGGAGGAGAAGAGUGUAUCGAUGGAUGACCAGGAUGCUCUGGACGUCAACACGGUGCAGGAUGAGGACGACAUGCAGAACCCAGAUAUGGAGUACAUGGAUGGCCCCCACUCAGCUGCCUACAACCAUCUGCAGCCCGGCCUAAUCGACAACGCCACUUUCUGCGGAAUGGGUGGCAACUUGCCAAUCGACAACACCGAGGUCUACCAGACCAUGCAAGACCUCUACGCUACGUCACCGGUGCAGCAGCUUGACACAAUGAUGAUGCCACCUAUAGGCUCUGCUAACUUCGACUUCAACCCGAAUGUUUCAUUUAACCAAGCACUGCCUAUCGACCACAAUGCUUACCAUAGCCCAAAUGUCUCUUCUUCAACAGCCACCUUGACGGCGUACAACAGUUUCAUGGACUCGCAACACUACUCCCAACCAUCAAGCCAGCAAACCAACCUGACGUUGAGCCAGCCGUCGCAAGACCUCGGAGAAUUCGACUUCGCCUUAUGUUUCCCCAGUGCGGGUGAUGGCUGCUGA